AUGAAGUGUGCUGGUUGUAUGAAAACUAUUAAGGAUCAAAAUUUUGUAAAAUGUACAUCGUCUUCCUGUGAAAAAAGUUUUUGCUCUUUAUGUAUAAACAUAACAAAUCUCACAGCGGACCGUAAAAAACUAUGGAAAUGCCCUGAGUGUUGUGCCACUAGCAAGAAGGGUGGUGAUAAUAGCCUCACACCAGUUCGAGCCAACAACGAAAAUGUGACGACUCGUAAGAAGUCAGACUCAGCGGGAAAUGAGUUGAGUCAAUUAACUGAUCAACUACGCACCUUAACUCAAGAAUUCUCUUCCGUAAAAUUAAAUCUGGAAGACCUUACCCGCUCGUUAUCAUACACUAACGGAAGGAUGGAUGAGAUAAUGUCCAAAAUAGUUGAAACCGAGGGACGAAUUAGAUAUUUGGAGAAAAGGGACUUAGAAGUGGACAUCCUGAAGGCAAAAAUUAAUAAUCUCCAGAACGAAUUAAAUUCUCAAGCGCAGUAUAACCUUUCCAAUGAAAUGGAAAUUGUGGGAAUACCAGAAAACACCAAUGAAAACCUGCAUCACGUUGUCCUUUUGGCGGCAAGGAAGGUGGGAGUAUCUUUGGAGGAAAACGACAUAGACUGGAUUGCCCGGGUGGGUCCCAAAAGACCCCCUGUAACCGCAGCCUUGCCUGAGGACAGGCUGCUUGCCCCUCGUCCAGUUGUGGUUAGACUUCUGCGUCGUACAAAACGCGACCAAUUUCUGAAAGCCUCGAAGUCUCGGAAAAAUCUUUCCAGUACUGACCUGGACGUCUUAGGAAGUACCAGAAGAGUAUUUUUUAACGAGCGAUUGACAAGAGAGGGCAGAUUACUUUUUCGUGAUGCCCGGGCCAGAGCCAAACAGCAAGGAUAUGCUUUUUGCUGGUGUAAUCAUAGCACCAUCUACAUCAGACAGCGAGAGGGACAGGGGGCUGUACGCAUAUCAUCGAAAAGCGAUUUGGACCGUGUUCUUCCUGUGCAAUCUCCAUCCGGAACUUCAGAACAUUAG